UAUGUGAGUUCUUUUACGUUUUCGGUGAGUCGGUGUUGAGUUAUACGUCACGUAGUAUCUCUUUAAAUGUCACACGUCAAACUCACUUGAGUAAGCAAUUUUUUCGUGGAAAAUCGCAUUUUCAACUAUUCUGUGUGAAAAUUCGCCAUAAAGAUCAAGAAAAAAACCGUUUCGAAAGGGAAAAAGAGGAGAUUAAUUGAAAUAAUCAGUGUUAUUGUUGGAGUAGAGAUUGGAUUUUUUCUACAUUCGCCUGGAUGUGUGUGCCAAUGAACAAAAUGCGCGACGAUCAGGAUUUCAAUAUACAUUUUGUGAAAAUAAUUGAACGUGAACGCAGUUUGUACGACAAAUCGUUGCCAGAAUAUCGCUCCAAAGAGGAACACGAACGCAUUUGGCAGAAAAUCUCAACGGAAGUCAACGAAAGCGUUGCCCAUUGCAAGGAGCGAUGGAGAAAUUUGCGUGCUUGUUUGACUCGGCAUUUGAAGCAACAACAAUCGUCAACGGAGGAUGGUUCAGUGAAUCAUAAGCCAUAUUAUCUGGCUGAACACAUGAGUUUUCUGCUGCCAUACACGAAAAGUCGAUCGGUGAAGGAGCAAAUCAAGUACGAGACUCCGGCAAUAGAGGAGCACAAACCGAGCACAUCGACGAAAAUAUCAAAAGUCAACACCGGAGGUGGAACAACAACAACCACAUACACGAUUUCAACGGCUGAGUCCGAUGAGAAUCAGUAUGUAACAUUGAUUCAAAGCUCAACUGGUGAACUAACACCAGCCGAUGGAUUGGAUGAAACACAUCUACAAGUCGAAACUACCACUGAAACUGAAUCGAAAAUCAUCCCCGAACAAUCGUAUACCACUGCCAGUGCCGUUGUAACACCGAAAGAGAUUAUUUACGAGCCCGUUCCAUCCAAACGUAUCAAGUUAUCGCAUCAAGAGUCCGAUGAAGCCGAUUUGGAUUUCUUCCGUAGCCUUUUGCCCGACACACGUCUUAUGACUGCCUCACAGAAACGUCGAUUCAAAAUGGGCAUAUUCGGUCUAAUCGAUAAUGUUCUCACUAACAAUGAUAUUAACUCUUGAGCUUCGUAGGACACCCAUAAAUAUUUUAUUGUAAAUUUAUAUUAUCUAAAAUAAAUCGCAAACUUUCAAAAAACUGAGUCGA